CACUAAAUAAAGGGAAAGAUCGUCAGUAUAACUAACUGUUUCUCAAUGAGGAGAUGGCUACUGCUCCUAUAAAUGGUGCUCUGUUAGUGUCCGCUCCAGGAAAGGUGAUUCUUCAUGGAGAGCAUGCAGUGGUGUAUGGAAAGCCUGCUUUGGCAUCUAGUGUGGACCUGCGUUGUUACACACUGCUGAAGCCCUGCCCCUCACCCACCAUCUCAUUGGACCUCCCAGACUUGGGACUGAAACGGAGCUGGUCUCUCUCGGAGCUAAUGGUCGUACCCCCUGAGGAGAAGUUGAGGGAGCUAGCAGGUGUUGGGGAUACCCCCGACACUGGUGCUGUGGCUUGCCUGGCCUUCCUGUACCUACUCACACACAUCUGUGGAGACAAGCUGAGAGGUGGAUUGGAAGUGCUGGUAGUCGCCUCACUCCCAGCUGGUGCUGGUUUGGGCUCCUCGGCUGCCUACUCUGUUAGUCUAGCAGCCGCUCUCUUGACUCAUGUCCGCUCCCUUCAACCGCCCACCCUUGUUGACUCCACCCACUCACUGGCCCACCCCCUAGAGGGGAUAUUGAGCAAGCUGAUUGGUGGAUGUGGCCCCGUGUCUGUAUGGGGAGAGGAGGAUUUGACCACCAUCAAUAAGUGGGGUUUCGAGGCAGAGAGAUUGAUUCAUGGACAACCAUCAGGGAUUGAUAACUCCAUCAGUACAUUUGGAGGAGCCAUCAGUUUCAAGGCUGGUCAAAUCACCAAGUUAAAGAGUAUGCCUCGACUACGAGUGCUGCUGGUGAACACACAAGUACCUCGGAGCACAAAGAAGCUAGUGGCCGGAGUGAGGGAGAGAAGAGAGAAAUUCCCGUCUCUGGUGGACCAUAUCCUGGAUGCUAUGGAGAGUCUAGUGAACACUGCCAUGGAGUCGUUCCACGAUAUGGAAUCACAUGAUAGUCACAUGACACCCUCAUAUCAACGCCUACAGGAGCUGUUUACAAUCAACCAUCAUCUACUGAAUGCCCUGGGGGUUGGGCACUCUAGUCUGGACCACGUCUGUGAGAUAGUCACCAAGUUUGGUCUCAGUGGAAAGCUAACAGGAGCUGGUGGAGGGGGGUGUGCCAUAGCGCUAUUACCGCCAGAUACGACCCCUGAGGUGGUGGAGGAGUGCAGUACUGCAUUGACAGAGGCUGGGUACAAGUGUUGGUCUACCCUGGUGGGGACUAGAGGAGUAUGUCAGCACAGCUUGGACACUUCUUGAAUAUACAUCAUCUUUUUAUUU